AUGAAGAUAUUUGUAAUGCUUACAGUGAUGAUUGGUUUGGCCCUUCUUUCAUCUGCCACUCCACUCGAAAAACGUCGCUUUGGUCAAGAACACUCCAAGUUUGUUGAACCACUUUACCAAAAAAUGCGCGACAGUGCUGUGAAUACCGAAUACAGCGCACGGAUUGGAAAUCUGUCUGGCGAAGCCGUGAAUGCUCUUCUUGCCGCCAAGCCUGCUUGCAGACAACAGCUUGUGGCGGAUCAUUUGAUAUUUUUUGCAAAAAAAAUGGGUGCUGAUAAAUCAAUUCCGGAUGGAAAGAAAAAGGAGAAAAUUUUAAUUAGUGUGGCACGAAAAUAUCGAACUGCCGAGAGAAAUACCAACCAGGAUGGAAAACCAAGUUUCUUGUGCGGGAGAAAACCAUUCUUCAAGGAAUUAAAUGGAAUCGUACAAAGCCAAGAUCCUGCUGCGACAACAAAACCGGGUACACCUAAAGAUGCUUUUAAUUUAGAUGAAGACUAUGACCCACUUGGCGUUUUAGCCGAUAUCAAGGCCGCAUCGAACAAUAAAGGAAAAAAGUCCUCGAAAAACCCGAAAAAGAAAAAACCAAAGAAACCAAAAUGCAAGACUGGAAACAGAGCGGCUGACAAUCCUCUCGGUGGUGUUCAGAUGCCAUUUAUUAAGAAGAAAUCCAACGGAACUUUUAAAGUAAAAAAAAUUAUUUUUAACGACCUCGACGUUGCACAUAACCGUCAGUGUGCUAUUCAGCACAAUGCGUGUGCAGAUUCUUUCAAUCGAGACAAGAACCCUAAAAUUCCUAACGUUUGCGCUUGUGAUAAGCAACAAGUAGUUUGUAAUAAUGGUCCACCCGUAUUUGCAAAAUAA